CAUUGUAUAGAAAUAGUAAUCUAUAAAUCCAUGUAUUGUAGGCUGCAAUCGAUAUUUUUAUACACCCCAAAACAGACUAAAUGUAUUCUAACACGGGCUUCAUUUUGUAAAAAUUAAGGUUUUUAACUCAAUUGCUCCUCAUCUUACUGAAGAUUUCUCAUUAGUUAUUAAGUCGGAUUGUGUUGCUUUCUAUAAUGGCAAAAACAACAACAAUCACUGUUUGAUUCUGACGUUUUCAUGUUUUUUUUUUCCUUAACGAGUUUGAGCAGCACAUAUUGUCUUUUAAAUGUAUUUUUCGACACCAUUGUUGCAGGUUUAGGGUAUUUCGGCGUGUGCCGGCGCUGAGUGGGGAGCGUGUGACAAACUCGAGCGCACUGGCACGGGUGAAUGGGAAUGUAAUUAGCUAAUUACAAAGCUGUCUGGGGCUCUGACCCUCGCGUGCACGCUGAGAUUAUAGCCAAUCAGAUGCCGUGUUGGGGAGGUUCAACUGCAGAGCAAUGUGAGAAGAGUUCGCAAUAGCUGGUGGAAAAAUAUUAUAGGCUUCAGAGUUGAGGAAGGAUCCAAGACUGGACGAGCUGCUAGAGAAAUUCCGUUACAACAAAGACUGAAAAGGGAUAUAGUCCAGAACUUUACGUUUCAGUUGUUAUUUAAAGUUAAAAACUGAAACGGUAGGCUUGCACCGUAUGAAAAGCAUUGUUUGACAACUGAAUUAUAGAUUGAUUCGUUUUUGCCCAGAACAGGGCUGCAACUUUGGUCAAACAGGGCUGAAACACCUCUUGUUUUUCUUACUCAUAUUCGAGGACUAAUUCAUCCCUGGGACACAAGGUUAGUUAAAUUAACUGGUAAAAACAAGAUCAUAUUCAUUUCGGCGCAGAAAAACUAUAGCUUAACAGUCAUAACACAUAAAAAGAAGCUGAUUGGUAACCCACGUUUUGAGUUGGUCAAAUAGAGUUUCACGAAUACAAUGGCGAAAUCUAAGAACUUUGGAAUCGAUGCGCUGUUGGCGCACCGGGUGGACCGGGAUAGCUUUCCGGGACUGUGUUCUGAGGAUAACCCUGUCUCGUGCCACCGGUCGGAGACACCAUCCCCGCGGAGGACCUCGAACGGUAUCCACAUUCAGGCGGGACUUAUUCCCAAACCGGGUGUAAUGAACUUCUCUCACACUGGAUUGAGCCAGUUGUCUCAGGGGGGCUUCCCAGGAAUGUAUCCGACACAUAUGUACCCCAUUGCGGCCCUGGGGGGCCAGCACCCAGCAUUCACUUACCCUGGCUUCGCCCAUCUUGCCCAGCCUUACCCAGAGCAUUUGAAGGCGGCAGCUAUGUCUGGGUUCCCGCUAGAACACUGGAUUAGAGCUGGAAUGGUGAUGCCGAGACUAGGGGACUAUUGUGCUUCUCCUCAGACAGGUCUGAUGGGCAAGUGUCGGAGGCCCAGAACAGCCUUCACCAGCCAGCAGCUUCUACAGCUGGAGAAUCAGUUCAAACUCAACAAAUACCUUUCCAGACCCAAGCGGUUUGAGGUGGCCACCUCUCUAAUGCUCACUGAGACACAGGUGAAGAUCUGGUUCCAGAACCGGCGCAUGAAGUGGAAGCGGAGCCGCAAGGCCAAAGAGCAGGGCGCCCAGAGCCAGGGGGACUCGGACUGCCCGCACGGCGGAAAGCAGGGUGUCAAGACCGAGUCCGGGGUCACUUGCAGCUCUGGAACCCCGGACCGAGACCGCCAAGACGAGGAGGACCUGGAAGGCGAGGAAGAAGACGAUGAAGGGGAAGACAUGCUUAGUGCCGGCUUGGGGUCUCGUCCGACAGAUUUCCUGAGGCACAAUGCGACGGAGCUCGGCUACAGCUCUCAGGGAUCCUACUCGGAUGAUGAAUUAGAGCAGGCCCGACCGGGGUUGGAGCGGAGGGUGACCGCAGGGCUAUGAGGAGACGGGAUUCCAUGGGGGCAUCCCAACUGGCACCAUAUCCCCUAAAUAGUGCUCAUAGAUCUGGUCUAGAUCUGGUAGUUCAGUUAAUAGGGGAUAGGGUGCCAGUUGGGAUGCCAGUCAUCCUCGUUAGUGACUAGUGAUCAGGACUGUGCAUGCAUUCCAAAUUAGCCAUAAGACAGUAAUUUUUGCGUUAUUGCUAAUAUUUUCUCUUUUAUGCUCAUUGUGAUUUUCUCUUUGCCAAAUGUCACACUGUGUUGUUCGAUUGUCUUCGGUGUCGCUGAUGUCAGUCUGAAAUGCCUCUUGUUGAACAAUCUGCAGUACGUUUCACAGUCCUAUUUUAUCAAUCUUCCCCCCAAAGGUUUGUCCUACUUUUAUUGUAGAUGUUGGCUUUGACUAGCACUGUUAUUCUUUUAUUCAACUCACCAAAAAGGAUGAUUACCUCCAAUGAAGAGUUUUGCUCUCAUUUUCCUGCAACUUGAUGCAGGCAUCUAAUCUGUCUGAGCCAACUUUGAACGGGAUCUGAACUGUUACUUUUCACUUUCGCUCAGGUUUGAACAGCUGUACACACACUCUCCACUACACAUACCUUAUUGCUUUUAAAAUUAACCUUGUCUUAUCUAGGUAAAUUGUCGAUUACUUUCUGUCAUGUUGUGUAUUAUUUAAACGUGUUUUUAUAAGUAAUAUAUUUAUUGAAAAUAUAACACUAGUGCUCUUAUGAUUUAUGAAAGAAAUAUUUAAAAGAAGGUAAUCAUUAAAGUCGUGGAUGCAAUGUUGUAAUUGCAAAACCUCAUAGAAGUUGCUAGCAACUGUUUCUUGAUGAACCUAACUCAAUAAUAAAUAUAUGAUUUGGCAUUCUAUUAGAAACUUCUAUUAGGAAAAAAAAAAUAUGAGUUCUGUUUACCUAAUUAUGCUGCUCAGUAUUUUUAAUACAGGCAUAUUUACAGCAAACGUUGGCUUCUGAUAAUGAAAUGAUUUACUUUAUUUUAUACUGUUUUGCAGUGAGGUAAAGUAGUUCAAUGGUACAUUUAUGCAAAUGCAUCUCUGCCCUACUCAUCAUAGUCAGCAGCA